AUGAGUCUCGUUCUCGCAGAUCAUCCUGACGAGCCAUGCUUGAUCUCCCGCCUGAACGCCGAUCUACUUCAGCUCGUCUUCGAGAUCGUUGCCGACCUCGAACGCCCACCUCUCAAUCAGCCGACGGUGAAAGGCUGCUGGAUGAGGGUCGGUCACGUCUGUCGGCUUUGGCGAUCGCUCAUACUUGGAUUGCCGUCUUUAUGGGCGCGUGACGUUUGCGCGUUUGGCGUACACGAGAGUUUCGACUCCAUCUUAGACCGAGCCGGAGGGGCGCCUCUUCAUCUCGACUUUCAAAGGGACAUACCGGACUACACACUUGCUCGCAUGGCUCCGCUUAUCUCGCGCGCUCGCAUACUGCGAUGCAUCAUACGAUCACCAGAGGACUAUGAUUCUGUGACCUCCACUUUGAACUCAGAGCAACUCCCCCAUCUAGAAGUCCUCUCCAUCGAUCUGGAUCCACUCAUAAUAGACUUGGUCUCUAAGCACCGAGUAGAGCCCAAUCAAAAGUGCGCAAUGAGGCAUCUGCAGAUGAAAGACACCGUAGUCCUCCCACCGCACAACGGCCUUCUGACUUCCUUGGUCAUCAACUUAUUCGAGUCGGAGCGAGUGAUGCGGUUCACUAUCCAGGAAAUCGUCGAUGUAUUGCUGCAGAAUCUCUCGCUCAAGUCCUUGACAUUGAACUAUGCUCUGCGUGACGCAGAAAUGAUCACCAAUUCCUCCCGUAUCGUUUUGCUAGAACUAGCGCAACUCACUAUCCAUCAAGAUCACGGCUCGCCAUUCGCGUUUGAACUGCUAAGCCUUUUGCUCGUACCCAACGCCACGCAUCUGGACGUUACCGAUGACUGCACCAACACACCCGCGCAGGUCACUCGAGCUUUAACCUGCGCGAUGAGUAGUUGUGCGGACUCGUCCGUGCUUCAGUCGCCCGAGCUCUCGCUCAAGGUUUUACGCGGAUGGUACGACAAACCUACCCCCCAGUUGGACAUCAAUCUAUGUCCUUCGCAGAGCGUCGGCAUAUUGUGGAGCACGGAGGCUCCGAUCAGAUUCGGCCUCUUCCCCGAUCUUCAUCACGACCCUCUUACCGCUCAUGAGAUGUUGCACGCUGCGCUGCAGCAACUCUCCGCGAGCAAGGUAGCGGAUCGUGUCACUCAGCUCUCUUGGUAUCCAUGGCCCUCGGAGGCGGAUCAUGACACAUACUGGACGGAGGUUUUACGCUCAUUCCCCAACACCGUUUCGCUCCUAGUUUCGAGCAGCACAGAGAGGUUCGCUGCUUUGUUCAGUGCCCUCAGUUGCCACGAACUUCUACCAAACUUCACUCAACUAUCAGUUGAAUGCGAUCAAUCCGAGGACGUACCUCAGCCCCGAGCCAUCGAGCAUAUGCUCCGCCAACGGCUGGCGGCAGGGUCGCCCAUCUGCGAGAUCAGGCUGCAGAACCUGUACGGGAUGUCACGCACCGCAUCCGUUCCGAAGAUCACAGCCGCCGAAAAGACGAUGAGGGACUUGGCAAGGAAAUUGAAUGCUGCAGUGACAGUUCAGGAUUGGGCGGAAGUCGUGAAGGGAGAAGGGAUACUAUAUUUAGGGACAACCUUUACGUUUGUAUAUUGA